AUGGAUGACACCGCCGCCGCCGGGGAAGCGGCCGCCCGGGACGGGCAGACAGCCCUCGCGCUCCGCCUCGCCAAGCACCUCGCGCCUCCUCCGCCCGGGGCGGGGGCGGACGACGACGGCUCCGCCGCCAGCAACGCCAACGCCAACGUCGCGUUCUCGCCGGUGUCCGUGCACGCGGCGCUGGCGCUGGCGGCCGCGGCCGCGCGCGGCGCCACGCUGGCGCAGCUGCUCGCCUUCCUCGGCGCGCCGUCGGCCGAGGCGCUCGCCGGCUUCGGCCGCCGCGUCGCGGGCAGCGUCCUCGCCGACCGGUCCGGCGGCGGCGGGCCGCGCGUGCUCUACGGCGGCGGCGUCUGGGUGGACGCCUCCCGCGGCGGGCUCACGGACGCGUUCCGCGACGUCGCUGCCGAGUCCUACAGGUCGGAGGCGCGAACCGUCAGCUUUACCAACAAGCCCGAGGCAGCUGUGAAGAUGAUCAACGAUUGGGUGAAGAAGGCCACCAACAACCUCAUCGACACCGUCAUCUCCGCCAGCGACGUCGACGCCACGACCGACCUCGUGCUCGCCAACGCGGUCUACUAUAAGGGCGCGUGGCUGGCGCCGUUCAUCCCCGACAACACACGGCGCAGCGCGUUCCACCGCCUCGACGGCGGCGUCGCAGAGACGGAGUUCAUGACUGGCCGCCGCCCCUUUAUGGACGUGGCGUGCAUGGACGGGUUCAAGGUCCUCAAGCUCCCCUACAAGCCCGGCGCCGCUCCACGGACGCGGUACUCCAUGUUCGUCUUCCUCCCGGACGCACGCGACGGCCUCUCGACCAUGGUGGACGUGGUCACCGCGUCGCCGGCGUAUCUGUACGGCAUCUUGGCGGAGAUGAAGGAGAAGCAUGUCAGCAUCCAGCUGCCCAAGUUCGAGAUCUCCUUCAGCUGGAGUGACCUCAAGCGCGACCUCGGCCGGCUGGGUCUCUCGCUGCCGUUCUCACAGGAGGUCGCCGACCUGCGCGGCAUGUGCAAGGGGGACGACGUCGCCGGCGGUGCACGGCGGCCGACGUUCCUGUCCAAGGUCGCGCACAAGGCGGUAGUCAAGGUGAACGAGGCGGGAACGGAGGCAACCGCAGCCACCCUGUCUUUGUGUGGUGGGGGCGGGCCGCCGCCAGACGUCAUCGAGUUCACCGCCGACCAUCCCUUCACCUUCUUCAUCAUGGAGGAGCUGUCGGGGGUGAUCGUGUUCGCGGGGCACGUCCUCGAUCCAACCAAGUGA